GCGGAGAAACCUUGUUUACAGCAAAUACGCGUUUUUAUAUGAACUUUACAAUUCAACUGUACGAGCUAAUUGUUUUUGUUAAAUCAGUAUAUAGAAUAUAAUAAUUUACAUACAAUUUUUGUGAUUUUAUCAGCAUAUACCAUCAAUGCACGGAUAAAGGGGAGCUAAGACAUAAAUCAACAAAUCUAAAUAUCAUGUAUUUCAAUGACAUGUAGGGAUUUUAAAGAGGGCAAAGUGUUUGUGAACUAGUCAGGUAUUUUCGGAGAUUACCAGGAUGAAGACUGUGAUUGUUAUUGGGGGAGGACUGGUCGGUGCCUUGCAAGCAUGUUUUAUGGCCAAGAGGGGAUACAAGGUCGAUAUUUACGAAAUGAGAUCAGAUAUUCGGACUAUGGAGGUCGUCCGAGGGCGGAGUAUAAAUCUUGCAUUAUCAGUUCGAGGGCGGGAGGCUUUGAGGAGGGCUGGUGUAGAAGAUACGAUAGUAAAGUAUGGUAUACCAAUGUACUCUAGAAUGAUACAUGAUCGGGAUGGAAAACGGCGACCUAUACCAUACGGUAAAAAGGAUCAGUACAUUAUGUCCAUUGAUAGAAGACACCUGAAUGAAAUAUUACUUACAGAGGCAGAGAAAUUCUCCACCGUUACAACUCAUUUUGAACACAAAGUUGUAGAAUGCAACUUCAAUGAAGGAUCAGUGACUUUUCAGAAGAAAGAUGGUAGUGUGGUAACAGUGAAAGCCGACAUGGUUAUUGGCUGUGACGGGGCGUAUUCCAAGGUUAGACAAGAAAUGAUGAAGAAAACGUUGUUAGAUUACGAACAAAUCUUCAUUCCUCAUGGCUACAUGGAACUGAGUAUGCCACCAGCACCUAACGAUAAGUACGCUAUGGAGAUUAAUUACUUACAUAUUUGGGCGAGAAACGAGUAUAUGAUGAUAGCGUUGCCUAACUACGACAAAUCAUUCACGGUUACCCUCUUCAUGCCAUUUGAUAUUUUCAAAACUCUCACCACAGAAACAGCUGUACUAGACUUCUUCAAGACCAACUUUGCUGACUCUAUCCCGUUACUUGGAGAAAAAGCUCUUGUAGAGACUGUUAUUAAGAACAAGGCGUUGCCCAUGGUAACGGUCAAGUGUUCACCUUACAAUGUUAAAGACAAGUUUGUAAUAAUGGGAGAUGCUGCCCACGCAAUGGUUCCUUUCUAUGGUCAGGGUAUGAACUGUGGUUUUGAAGAUUGUGUUGUGUUUUGUGACCUUCUGGAUAAACACGAAGGAGAUUUCGGUGCUACAUUGCAUGAGUUUACGAGUUUCCGGUCAAUAGACGCUAAAGCAAUGUGCGAUUUAGCUUUCUACAACUAUAUUGAGAUGCGCCAGUCAGUAAAUUCUCGUUUGUUUUUAAUGAGGAAGAAGCUGGAUAACUUCUUAUUUUGGUUGCUACCAAACACUUGGAUCCCUCUUUAUACAACGGUGUCAUUUUCAAGGAAGCGAUAUCAUGAGUGUAUCAAGAACAAGGAAUGGCAGGAUAGGGUUAUUCAAAGGGCUUUGUACAUUUCCAUUCCAACGUUAGCAGUUGCUGGAUAUUACAUGUACAAACAAGUGGAGCAGUUAGAAGUACCUUUACACGAAAAGCUUGUACAAUUGGCGGAAAGAUUUGUAUCCAAGCUGAAAUAAUAAUGUGAAAGUACUUUGGUGACGAAUCUCCGAUUAAGUCAAACGCCUACUGGGGACCUAUAGACAGAGAUUGUUAAGCAUUGAUAUUAUGAACGGCUUUACUUGCCUUUUACAUUUAACAGUAUUAUCAUGUUAUGUAUAUUCUUAUACAUGUAUCUUAACAGUAUUCAUUUGACAGUGUUUAAGCAUAUGUGUAUAAACGUAUUUUGGUUAUGGAUCUUUUUGUUAACAUAUUUUUUUAACUCUUCAUAUAUGUUUAAGAAUAAAACAAUAUGAAUCUCA